GACCAGUCCAUAUUAUCAUGUCUAUGGUUUAGCUGCGAAAUUUUUGAGGUUAGAGAACUGGAAUAAAAUUUAUAAACUGUAUUUAGUGAAUUUGUCGAAAAAUUUAAAAAAUGUUGAUGAACAUCACCUCCAAGUUUCGAAGUUGUGCCUGCGUCGGCAUAGCUAGAAGUUGCUCUACAGCACUUUUGACUAACGAAAAAAUAAUCGAACCAAGAACUAUAACCUUCCCUUCAAAGUAUCAAAAAAACAGGCAAGUUUGGUUGGAGAGUUUAGACACAAUAGACGAAAGGAAACUAGGAUUGCUCGAACUGCAUCCUAAAGUAUUUGCUGUGAACCCUCGAAUCGAUAUUAUCCACCAGAAUGCCAGAUGGCAAACGAUGUAUCGAUUCGUCAGCUACGCUCACACCAAAAAGAGGUUCGAAGUUAGAGGAGGAGGCAGAAAACCAUGGCCGCAGAAAGGACUGGGAAAAGCCCGACAUGGAUCCAUAAGGAGCCCCCUGUUCAGAGGAGGUGGUGUUAUUCACGGUCCCAGAUCCCCCACUCCACAUUUUUACAUGCUUCCGUUUUUCACUAGAGUACUUGGCUUGACCUCUACCCUCUCGGUGAAAUUUGCUCAGGAUGAUUUGCACGUUGUUGAUAGUUUGGAAGUGCCUUCAGAAGAGAGAGGGUAUUUGGAAGAAUUGGUAAAAAGUCGAAAUUGGGGACCUUCUGUAUUGUUUGUAGAUGUCGAAGACAUCAUGCCCAGGAACAUAACUGUUGCCACUGACAAUAUUAAGCAUUACAAUUUGAUGCCAGCGUAUGGGUUAAAUGUGUAUUCAAUGUUGAAGCAUGACACAUUGGUCCUGACCCGUUCUGCAGUCGAUCAUAUAGAAAACAAAAUUUUGGAGCUUCUACACAGGAACGAUAUUAGAACAUUAAUUGCUAAAUUUAAAAUAGAUCAGGCUUGAAUGUUUUAUUAGUGAAUAAAUGUUGAAGAAAAGUU